AUGGGGUCACUUGUAUGGAUUCAGGCCUGGCAGGCAGGCUUCAAACCUUCCCAAGCCACUAUAUCCCAAUACCCGAUUUGGAUUAACCUCCCGGAACUCCCUCUCGAGUUCUACCGGAAAGAUAUCCUGCUCUCUAUAGGAAACUCGAUCGGGAGUGUCGUAAGAAUUGAUGCGCAUUCUUUGACGGGUGAUCGAAAGCGCUUCGCCUCCAUCUGUGUCCUCAUGAAGGCGGAGCAGAGCACACCGAACCGGGUUUGGCUGGGAGCUUCAUGCCAGCAACUCGUGUUCUCGGAAUCCCCCUGGGUGUGUUCGGUUUGCCGUAAAAUCGGUCAUAGCACUAAGGCAUGCAGGCCCACGACUUCGGUCUCGCCGGAAACUGUGGGUAGUCGGGAGACGGAGAAAAAUCUGAUACAAAGUAAAACUCAUGAUGCAUGGCAAUACGUGGAAGGAAGGAAGAAGACAAAAAAUGUUGAAGGAGUUGACUUUCGCUUGCCUCAUGGGAGUAGGGCCCAGAAAAAAUCUAGAUGGACUCCCAAAAAAACAGUGGAUAAUAGAGCUGAGGAGAGAGAAAAAGGUGACUUGGAUUUGACCCAAGAUCACACGCAGGGUCCCAAGAGUACUUCAGAUUUUAUAAAUCUUCCUGGGAAGAAUGUCUUUGCGGCCCUGCAAAUGUUGCAGGAAGACAUACUCUCCCCCUCUGAAAAUGCGAAAGGUGGCAAAGAGAGAGAAAAGAUUGAUGAGUUGCCCCAAGUUGAUGUCACACCUAUACCGGCAAAAAAUUGCCCCCUCAUUUCAAGCAAGAAAGAGGUAGAAGUAGAGAGCGAAGAAAGAGCUAUGCUAGCAAGUCUGGGUCCAUGGGUAGAUCCCGCUCCUCUCCUACCAAUGGUACGGACACUUCUGCGUGUCAAACUGAGAGAUGUUCGCAUGAUAGCAAAGAGCAACUCCAAUGCAUUGCUCCUUGCGCGCCUUCAUCUCCCAAUGAAACAACUGGGAAUCACAGUCACCUGGGCCGAGGGAAAAGAGCGAAGAAGCCCUCGAGAAGCAGAAGUGAUUCUUUGGCCCCACAGGAAGGAGUGGACAUGCCCACAAACCGGAGCAGAAGUCGACCCAUGGGUGGUAGGAAACGAGGGGGUAUUAAAGAUGCUCCUAGAGAAAAGGCCGAUAUCUAAGGGAAUGACGGUGCUUUUUUGGAAUGUGCGCGGGCUUGCCCGUCCCUCGUUCAAGCCGAAUUUCAGGCUACUCAUGAACCAGCACUACCCCUCUCUUGUUAUUCUUGCUGAAACUUGGGUGGGGCGUGAGAAGACGGACGCAAUUAUCUCUGAUUUGGGGUUCGAUUCAUGGCAUUUGCUGGAACCAGAUGGGUUUGUAGGUGGCAUCCUCCUGAUGUGGAAGUCGCAUGUUCUGGAUUUUCAUGUCAUUGGAGAAGGUGCUCAGGGAGUCUAUGGUGUAGUUGAGGUACAUGCUUCUAACCUUUCUUUUGUCCUUACUGCAAUUUAUGCUAGUCCUAAGUUUCAUAUUCGCAAAACAUUAUGGCAUGAAUUGGAGUCCUUUGCACAGAACUUAAACAAACCUUGGCUAGUUUUAGGAGAUUUUAAUGAGGUUACUUGUCAGAAUGAAAAAUUGGGUGGUCGCCUUGCAUCUAGGAAGAGAAUGGAUUUAUUUGCAAACACGAUGGAUAACUGUAACUUGAUCGACCUUGGCUUUAACGGGCCGAGGUUCACCUGGACGAAUAAAAGGAAGCUUAAUCCGAUCAUGGAAAGACUUGAUAGAGGGUGGGUGAACAUGGAAUGGAUUCAGAUGUUUCCUAAUGCAAAUCUGUGGCAUCUCCCCAGAAUCACGUCCGAUCACUGCCCUAUCCUUCUUAAGUUUCAAAAUGUCCCAUUUGUCCAUGGUGAGAAACCCUUUCGUUUCGAGCCAAUGUGGCUCCUUGAUUCAAGGUUUAGAGAGAGUGCGCUCCCAAAGUGGCCCAACCCAAGUAGCUCCAUCCAGGCCAGCUUAAGUACGUUUCGUGAAACCCUUAUUGAGUGGAACCACUCAACGUUUGGUAAUGUGUAUCGUAGAAAGCGGCGCUUGGUAGGUAGACUUAAAGGAACCCAAUUAUACCUCCAGGACCACCCCACUUCUCCUUUCCACCUGAACCUUGAAUCCGAGCUCCAACAGGAGCUUAUGGAUACCCUUCAACAAGAGGAAACUCUUUGGAAAACCAAAAGCCGGAUGUCUAGGAUUGGGGAGGGAGAGCGGAACACGAGGUAUUUUCACCGAUCGGUACUCAUCAAGCGUAAUAGGUCCAGGAUCAAUAGCCUAAGGGAUAAUGUCGGGAAUGAAGUUAGGGACCAAGGGGGGAUUCAUGACCUAAUUUUGGCCUUCUACAAGGACUUGUACUCUACGGGAAAACUCUUUUCCCAGUGGAACUCAAAUAGCCCUGUCCCAAAUCUAGGCCUUAAUGUCGGCUUUGAACCCUCUCCGCUAGAAAUUAAGAUGGCCAUGUUUAGUAUGAAACCUCACAAGGCCCCUGGGCCAGAUGGCUUCCAUCCAAUCUUUUUCCAAAAAACAUGGGAUGUAAUAGGCCAUGAUGUAUGUAGUGAUGUAAAAAAAUGGUUCCGUCAGAGUAAGGUUCCAGAGGACCUGUGUCAAGCCCUGAUCUGUCUCAUUCCCAAGCAGAACUCCCCGGAAACAGUCAAACAAUUUAGGCCCAUUAGUCUUUGCAAUACGAUAUAUAAGCUUGUCACAAAAAUCCUAGUUACCCGUCUCAAGCCUCUUAUCCCUGAUUGGAUCUCCCAUAACCAAAAUAGCUUUAUCAAAGGGAGGGGGCCCGACAUUAACCUUGUAGUUGCCUCUGAGGUCCUGCACUCAAUGCAGAAAAAGCAGGGUAAAUGGGGUUGGUUUGCCCUUAAAAUCGACCUUGAGAAGGCCUACGAUAGAGUUGAAUGGGCGUUCGUGAGGGAAUGCCUUCAAAAUCUUCAAUUGGAUCGCCCAGCCAUUGACUUAAUCAUGAGCUGCAUCUCGCAGGCAUCGUCGAGAGUCCUUAUUAAUGGGUGCAAGUCCGAGGAGUUCAAACACUCCAGAGGCCUUAGGCAGGGGGACCCCAUGUCCCCUUAUCUCUUUAACAUCUGCCUUGAAGCUCUGACGGGACGGAUUAAUGAAUCGUGUCACCAGGGAGAAUGGACUCCUUUCGGGGUGGGUAGGGGUCAGGUACCUAUUUCACAUCUACUAUUUGCAGAUGACCUCCUUCUUUUUGGGCGUGUGGACGAGAGUACUGCUUUUGCGGUACGUAGCGUCCUCGAUCGUUUCUGUCGGGAUUCAGGGGAAAGAAUCAACGAGGCUAAAAGUAAACUAAUGUUCUCCCCCAACACCCCGUCGGACCAUAAGGUGCUUUUCACUGAAACCCUUAACAUUGUUGAAUCCCCUAAUCUAGGAGUCUAUCUGGGUCUCCCAAUUUCCCACAAACGUCCUACGCGCAGGCAGGUUCAGUUUAUUGUCGAUAAAGUGAGAGCCCGUCUUGCUACUUGGAAGAGUAAGUUCCUAUCUAGAGCGGGAAGGCUUUGUCUUAUAUCCUCAACCUUAUCAACAAUUCCGGCGUACUAUAUGCAAGCCAUCUCUCUCCCGAUAAGCACCCUCAGUGACCUAGACUCCAUAUGUAACAAUUUCCUAUGGGGGGAGGAAGGGGAAAAGAAAAAGAUGCAUCUUGUAAACAAACAAAUGACCUUCCUACCUAAGAAUAAGGGGGGGUUGGGCAUUAGGAGCCAGAGAAUCAUGAACAAAGCGUAUAUGGCUAAGCUUGGGUGGAAGCUAGCACAAGACCAACCGAGUCUGGCCCAACAAUGUAUCCGCUCUAAGUAUUUACAGAAUAAUCGUGUCACUAAGUUUCGAAAUGGAUCUGUCAUUUGGAAAAGCAUUGGCCAAGGUUGGGACCUCAUUCAGGACAAUAGUUCCUGGUUCCUUGGAGAUGGGAAAACCAUUAGUUUCUGGCACGAUGAUUGGUUGGGCAUAGGCCCUCUCCGGGGUUGGGUUCAGGGACCCAUGAGUAUGGAUGAGAAUACCAGAAAGGUUCAUAGUUUGAGUCACCACGGGAGAUGGGACCUGACUCCACUAACCAUUCAUAUCCCGUCUGACCUAAGAAAUCGCAUCCUCAACACCUCCCCUCCUACGCCUGAAUCGCAGGCGGACCUCUUAAUUCCAAAUUUUGUAGACCACAGAGGUUUUAUGUUACAUCGAGCAUACAUAGCCCAAAUCCCCCAUUCCCCGAAUCACGAUGACCUCUCAUGGAUUUGGAAGGGGAAGUGUGAACCCAAGCUUCAUUUCUUCAUCUGGUUAACCUGGCACGAUAGACUCCCCCAUCGAAACCUACUUGCAAGUAGGGGCCUGAUUGUUGAUACAUCCUGCCCUAGAUGCCACCAACACAUAGAACAUAGCGCCCAUAUACUCCGGGACUGCCACAUAAGUGAAAGGGUUUGGGAUCAUGUUGGAAUGACCUUAGGACCGCAUGACGAUUUCAGACUAUGGAUUAGGGAAAACCUGCACUCCAAUGGCAAGUUUAGAGACCUGCCCUGGGCCUCGGUCUUUCCGUACAUUUGUCAUGAGAUUUGGAAGGAUAGGAAUCAGUGUGUGUUUAAGAACCAGAAAGCAUCCUCACCUCAAGCUAUCUGCCUGAGGGCUAUGGGGAGAGUUAGGGAGUUUAUCUUGGCCACUGAGACGAUUACCGGAAACGUUAUCCAUCCAGUGUUCGCUCACCCAAACGAGUUUCUAAUGAUCCAUGUUGAUGCUUCCUUUAUUGACAUUCUCCAGGGUGCUGGGAUUGGGGGGGUGGUUCGUAAGCCCUCCGGUCAAUGGAUCGGGGGGUUUGGGAAGAAGAUCUUUACUAACAAUUCUUUUGUAGCUGAAUUGACAGCGAUUGCGGAAGCACUUCGACUUGCUGUGCUGAAUAGUCUUCCUACGGCCAUUAUAUAUUCUGACUGUAAGGAUGCUAUAAACCUCCUCACAGGAGGUCACUCUGACCAAUAUUUGAAUUUGACUAAUAUGUGCAGGCAGUGGCUCACCCAGAGACCGGAUCUUCAGAUUAAGUACUGCAACAGGCAAUUUAAUCUCGUGGCAGACAAGAUGGCUAAGAGUUGUAGGAUCAUGGAUGGAGAUAGUGCUGUAACUAGGGGAAUGGCAUUGCCUAUAUGGGCAUUGGAAGUUCCGGUGAUUCGGGAGGUUGUUUUGAGGUUCGAUUCCGAUUCGUGUUACUGCAAGUGUUCGAGCGCGGAGGCCCUUAGGGUCCUUCUGAAGGGUAGAGAUGGGAGGGAGUCGAUUGUGGGAAUGGGAAGGAAGUUGAAUGAGAUUCUAGCAUGA